AUGUCAAUUUAUCUCUUUGUAUCUUUCUCAGUAAGCAUUUCUCUCUCAAUCGUGUUGCAUCUCUCUCUCUUUUUCAACUUGUGUCUGUCUCUCUUUCAAUUUGCGUCUUUCUUCUCACCUUCAUUAAUCAUCUUUCUUUCUUUUUCAUCUUCAUCAAUCCAUUCAUUGAUCUUUCUUUCUUCCAAUUUCAUUGAUUUUACUUACUUUCUUUCAUUCUUCUCACCUUCAUCAAUGCAUUCAUUGAUAUUUUCUUUCUUUCUUGUCACCUCCAUUGAUCUUUUCUUUCUUUCAUCUUGUCUUUCAUUCAUUGACCUUCUUUUCUUGUUUUUAUGCCACAUAUUACUUUAUUUCUUUAAAUCCUUUUUUGAAGCACUUCAAACAAUUUUAGAAAUUAUUAAAACUCUCUUCCUUUCUAAUUCUGCCAAUUCACUCUCACUGCUACUAUCUCCUCCUACUUUAAUUGGUCAUUAUAAUUGUCUUUCUCUCAUAUCAAAUCCCUCUUUACUCCAGACACAAACACUUUUUGCAUACUCUCUAUCUCCAAUCCUGCUCUUUCCUCCUCUUCCUCUGACCAUCCUUCACUCCCUCUCUCUUUGA